AUGAGCAAAUACAACUCUUCACAAACGCAUUCCAAAGCGAAAGCCUGGCUGCGAAAAUUCUCGUCAAAGGUCAAAAUAUAUGGCGAUAUCCUGGAUGUGUUCGUUCAACAUCACCCAGAGUACGUCUCACUCGUUUGGGGUGCGAUGAAACUCGUCUUUACUUCAUUUGUCAAUCAUGACAAGACCAUCACCAAGCUAGCCGAAGGUCUAUCACAAGUAGCGGACGAACUCCCUACUAUAGAAUUCCUGUCCCAGCUUUAUCCCACCGAAAGAAUGAGGACAGCCAUCGCCGAAGUGAAUGCCUAUAUAUUGAGGUUCUUGAUUCGAGCCCACGAUUGGUACCAAGAAGGAACAUGGAAACAUAUUCUGCAUAGCGUUACCCGGCCUUCAGAACUUCGGUACGACGAUAUUCUGGAUGCCAUAUCCCAGAAAACAGCGACAAUCAGGAACUUGGCAUCUUGUGGCCAGCAAGGCAUGAUAUAUGCCAUGAGAGACCAGCUUGGUGAAGUGAAGACAAGACUUGAGCAGCUGGCAACCGCUGCCACUUUACAAUCCGCCUCGAUGGUAUCGAUGAAUAGCAAGCUCACAGACUUACAAUUCUCCCAGAUCAUGAGGUCAAUCCCAGAAUCUUCCAUCAUGAUGCCAGAAAAAGUGCUUGACUAUCUGCAGGCUCAAGCUGCAAGGCGCCGAGCAUCUCAGUCUCGGGCUUUGAUGCUGCCGUACCACUUUGUCAACUCUCCAAAGCUCCGGAAAUGGACGCAAUCUGACGCUUCGGCAAUGAUAUUAGUCAAGGGCAAUUUCCAUAGCCGUCAACCAUUACGGUAUUUCUGCUUUGAUAUAAUCAAGCAACUUCGUGACGCUGGGAUACAUGCACUCUUGGCCAUAAAGAUACCUGUCCAGGAUCCUCAACAGGCCAUAGUGACUUGUGCCGACAUUCUCAGAUAUCUCAUUCGACAAGGCCUACAGAUUACCCAGAAUCUGCAAACAGAAAGUUCCAUGUCACUGACGUGUACACGGAUCCACGGCAACCUCGCGGAGGGGCAAUUAUUUCAAAUUUUAGAAUCUAUCCUUUGUGAUGUCAGUGAGCAAGUAUAUCUUGUCGUUGACUUGGAGCUAUUGAAUCAAGACUUUACCCACCCACAAGGAUUCUCCUGGCUUGAGGCAUUCUUGGGCUUCUUUGAAAGGCUCUCGGCACGCAAACCGACCCAUCGCGUCAAAGUUAUGCUUCUAAACUACGGAUCGGAUUUUCCCUUUGCGUUAUCAUCUGAAGACUUCGCUAAGUUUGUUCUGAGGGCCAAAGCUGGAAGCAACGUCGUGGCACAACAGCAGGCGUGGAGGUCUGGACAACCAAGAUCAAGAGGAAGCUUUCGCUUACGUCCCCGUAAAGGCGGUUCUACAGGUAGAUGA